AUUUACUAACCAUAUCAGUAAUCAGUAUGUCAACUAGUGCUUUAAAACCAUGGGUACUUCUGUGACAGAUUGUAUGGAGAUGCGUAGGUUCUCAAACAAUGUAAAACACAAUCAAAUUAAUUUCUGCACCGUAACGUAACAACAGAUUGAGUUUCACGCAUGAACUAUGUCAUUCCCAACCUCUGAUCCAUGUUGUUCACUGGCAAAUCGGCUGGAAAUCUUUCAUGGCACAGUAUGUUCAUCUGUUUGAUAUAACACAUUCACGUCCCAAACUCCCAUGCACGCACAUAGGUCGAUUCAGAUUAUCCCUCAUUGCUAAUCUAUACACGUCAAUUCCAAACGCUUACAUUCUGUUUGAUAUAACACAUUCACGUCCUAAACUCCCAUGCACAUACUAGGUCGAUUCAGAUUAUCCCUCAUUGCUAAUCUAUACACGUCAAUUCCAAAUACAUGCUUAAUCUUAAUCUUGUCAAUCGCCAGGAGAUGCAUGACGGAGCUGGAGAGUGAUGUCGUCGUGGAAGUAGGAGAAAUGUCAUUUUACCUCCACAAGUUCCCGCUGCUGAGCCGGAGCGGUGUGCUGCAGCGGAUGAUCAGCGAGUACCAAGCGCCGCAGGAGGACGGCGGCGGCGGCGGAGGCAUGUGCACGCUGCAGCUGGACGACAUCCCGGGGGGCGCCAAGGCGUUCGAGCUGGCGGCGAGGUUCUGCUACGACGUCAAGAUCGAGCUCAACGCGCACAACGUGGUGUGCCUCCGGUGCGCCGCCGAGUACCUGCGGAUGACCGACGACUACGCCGAGGGCAACCUCAUCACGCAGGCGGAGUCCUUCCUCGCCGACGUGCUCGCCAACUGGAAGGACUCCAUCAAGGCGCUCGAGACAUGCGAGGGCGUGCUCCCCACCGCCGAGGACCUCCACAUCGUCUCCCGCUGCAUCACCGCGCUCGCCUCCAAGGCCUGCGCCUCCGACGCCGCCGCGUGUUCCACCGGCCACGCCGCCGCCUCCGCCUCCGCCGUGGCCGUGGCCGCCAAGAAUGCCAGCUACGACGCGCUGUGGAAUGGCAUCGGCUCGGGGGGCACGCCACGGGGCGGGGGCGGCGCAGCGGGCGCGGCGGCGGGGUGCUCCGGGAUGGACUGGUGGUACGAGGACGUGUCGUUCCUGAGCCUGCCCAUGUUCAAGCGACUGAUCCAGGCGAUGGAGGGGAAGGGGAUGCGCCCCGAGAGCAUCGCCGGCGCGAUCAUGUUCUACGCGGGGCGGUUCCUGCCCGGGCUGAAGCGGAACACCAGCUUCAGCAACGCCAGCUUCGGCGGCGACUGCGGCGCCGGCAGCCGCAGCAUCACGCCGCGCGCCGCCAACGUGUCGGCGCCGUCGGAGGGCGACCAGAGGUACUUCCUGGAGGAGAUCGUGGCGCUGCUGCCGGCGAAGAAGGGCGUCGCCUCCACCAGGUUCCUGCUCGGGAUGCUCCGCACGGCGAUGCUCCUCCACGCCAGCCCGCUGUGCCGGGAGAACCUGGAACGGCGGAUCGGCGCGCAGCUGGAGGACGCCUGCCUCGACGACCUGCUCGUCCCAAACCUCGGCUACACCGUCGAGACGCUCUACGACAUCGACUGCGUGCAGAGGAUACUGGACUACUUCAUGUCGUCCACGGACGGGCUCGGGACCGGGUACACGUCGCCGGCGGUGGUGGAGGAGGGCAGCCAGCUUGGGGCGCUCCAUGCCGGGAGCCCCUCGUCGCUGUCGCCGAUCACCAUGGUUGCCAAGCUCAUGGACGGGUACCUUGCCGAGGUGGCGCCCGACACCAACCUCAAGCUGCCCAAGUUCCAGGCGCUCGCCGCCGUCGUACCCGACUACGCGCGCCCCGUCGACGACGGCAUCUACCGCGCCAUGGACAUAUACCUCAAGUCGCACCCGUGGCUGUCGGAGUCGGAGAGGGAGCAGCUGUGCAGGCUGAUGAACUGCCAGAAGCUGUCGCUGGAGGCGUGCACGCACGCGGCGCAGAACGAGCGCCUGCCGCUGCGGGUGGUGGUGCAGGUGCUCUUCUUCGAGCAGCUCCGCCUCCGCACGUCCAUCGCAGGCUGGUUCUUCGUGUCCGGCAACGCGGCGGCGGGCGGCGACGGCGCUCCGCAGCCGCACCCGGGGGGCAGCGCCAUCGUGCCUAAGGGCGCGGCGGCGGCCGGGCAGUCCGACGCCGACGCGGAGGCCGACGAGGGGAAGGGGAAGGAGCUCCCCGCCGAGGCCAUCACCGACGUGAAGGCGAGGGUGUCGGAGCUGGAGAAGGAGUGCAUGAGCAUGAAGCAGGAGAUCCGGCGGCUGGGGAAGCCGAGGAGAUCGUGGAGCCUCCUCACCAGGAAGUGCAGGUUCGGGACCAAGGUGCAGCAAGCGCAGCCCACCAUGAGCAGCAAAUGAGAGGCGCCUCACGCCCUGCCUGCUUCCUGCCUAACCCAAGUAUGAAAUCAGUACAAGUACUAAUCCCUUCAAUUUUGAUCCUAUAGUCUCUGAGCUUUGCUGUACCGAGCUAGUUAAUGAAAUGCAAUAAGAUGCUUAUGUUUCAUAGGAUAAUAAGCUAGUUUUAGGCCUUGAACAGAGUCCUUCAAUAUGUACUGUCAUUUCUGAUGUAUUUCAGGGAUUUAUUCUUAAUAUUUAUAUAUUAACAAAGAAGAAAAAUAGUUAGUAAA